AUGGAAUAUCUCAUCCCUAACUCACUCAGACAGAUGUUCAUUCUACUGAGAUGGAUUGGAGGUGCCAAAACGGAGACAGCCACAGUCGCGGUCUGGCUGGUCUGGUGCGGCGGAUGGUGGCCCAAGGGACUGCGGUGCAAGGAGUUUGCAAGCCGGGAGCUAAACUCCAAGAAGUGGCGUCCGACACCCCACCUCCAGCGGAUAGUUGUUUGCGCCAUCAUUGCCGGCACUAACGAUGUUGCCGCCGGUCAGCAGGUGAACAUCUACCAACACCUGGAGCGGCGCAUCACCAGCAAGCUGAGGACUGCCGGCGGGGUUGUCGUCGCUACUCUGCCCCACAGACACGACCUGCCUGCGAGCCAUCCUGUCAACCUGGAGACCGCGCGAGUAAACUCGUACAUCGAGGAGCUGUGCGUGAGGCAUCGUGGGACAGAAGUACUAGACUUCAGCCUCAUCGGCAGAGAGGCCUUCACACCGCACGGGAUGCACCUCAAGCCCACACACAAACACCUGCUGGCCGAGCUGCUGCUGGAGUGUGUGCAAAGGUUGGACCACGCAGUCACCCCGGUCCUGGCAUCGCCCGCUAGCACCUGCGGGCCGCCGCCGCCGGCCCAGCCGGGAUCGCCCGCCGCCCAUGUGUCGCCAGCUUCUCCUGAACCACCGGUCCGGACCAUGGCCUACGACACCUUCGCCGAGGCGGUGAAGAGCCAACGCCCAGCCAACCUCCAGUGCGGUGAUGAUUCUGGACAAAAAAACUGUGCUGGAGGUCUGAGAGACGUCACCCUCCGCAUGCCUGUGGCCGUCCCCACGGGCUCUACCGCCUCCCUACUCUGCCUCUACGACUUGGAGGGAGACCAAUUCUACACGGUCAAGUGGUACAAAGGUCGACAAGAGUUCUUCAGGUACGUCCUCAAGGAAGUCCCGCACACCAGAGUUUUCGCACUGCCUGGAAUCAAUGUCGAUGUGGUGGCCUCCGGAGCGGAGAUGGUGGUGUUACGGGAUGUGCAGAAGUUCUUGUCCGGCAAGUACCGCUGUGAGGUAUCCAGCGACGCCCCACACUUCCACACCGAGGUGGUCUCAGGCUACAUGCACGUGGUCAAUGAACUUCUAGAAGAACCUGUUAUUAGGUUGGAGAAAAACAGCUACUCUGCAGGAGAUACACUAAGAGCCAACUGCAGCUCACCCCCCUCCUCCCCACCAGCCAAUGUUACAUGGUAUCUCAAUGGUGAAGAGGAAGAGGCCAGUUCCCUGCAGCACCACGGGAACACCAGUGACACGGUGACGACGGCAAGUCUCACAGUGGAACUGUCUGCGGCUAGAUUUCCGGGCGGCAAGCUGCGCCUGCGCUGUGUUGCCGAUCUGUUCUCCAUCUCCCGGACAGUCCGGGAACUAUGGCUGGAUGAGGACCGGCCUCGCCUUGCCUCUGUGCUUGGAAACAAGAACUCCGCCGCUGGCGGAGCCUCAAGCUUCACUUGCCUACUACAGAUGGCCCUGAUGGCAGCUGUAAUACACUCCAGGUAACAUCAGGCACUGCAGCUACUAUCGCUAUGGCUGUGAACUCUCCAGACUGUCUAACUGUUUCCCCCAGUCAAUGUCAGGAUUACGUGUACAUUUUUCCUCUCCUUGCUGUAAUUUAUCAAUGUUUUGUAGGAUGUUAAAUAAACUUAUUUAAAAAUUGUA